CGAUUUAGGAAACUUUGAAUCGUUUACAUUGGUUUUCUAUAUUUUGUUCAAUAUUAUAAAAAUGUGGGUUAUUUAUUGAUCACAACCCUUUUAAUUGCAUCGCAUUGUGGAAGAGUGGCAAAGAAGAUUUUACGGUAAUUUGUUACAAAAAAAUCCAAAAAUGUUCAUUUACAAGUUCAUGGCUGGUGUGGUAGAGACGCUUACAGGUGGUGGUGAAGAGGACGUAAACGCAUAUGAUCCUCAUGCACAUCGAAUGAUAGAGAAACCAACGUCGUACUCUGACACAAUGAUACAUCUAUUGAAGGCCAGUAUUGGGGCUGGUAUUUUGUGUAUGCCAGAUGCCGUACGCCGUCUGGGGUUAAUUAAUGGUAUUAUAGCCAUACCAGCCAUCGCUUUCUUUGCGACAUACUGCAUCCAGCUUCUCAUCAUAGCACAGUACAAAAUCUGCCAACGUGAGAAGAGAGGUUAUAUGGCAUACCCGAAGUCAAUGUUAUUUGCUCUUCAGUCAGGACCACCCUGCUUACGUUGGAGUGCGAAAUUAACUUAUUAUUUUGUGGACGUAGUGCUUGUCACGUGGCAACUGGGUAUAUGCGUCAUAUAUUUUGUAUUUGUCGCAGAAAAUUUAAAACAGGUGUGCGACUAUUAUAAUCUAUUUGAAGCAUCAGUACGGAUACAUUUGUGUUUGAUCCUUUUGCCACUGAUCUUAGUGAAUUUAAUCAAAGAUCUAAAGAUGAUGACACCAAUGUCCACUAUAUCCAACAUAGUGACAGUUUUUGGCUUAAUCUUGGUGUUUUUCUACCUAGUCGAGGAAGACGUUUCAGUUAGUGAUGAUACACUUAAACUAAAGCGCUUGGAAGAUAUCCCUGUAUUCAUUGGAAUUACACUAUUUGCUCUGGAGGCCGUAGGAGUGAUUCUAGCACUAGAGUAUAAUAUGGACUGCCCAAAGAAAUUCACUGGCAUCUGUGGAUUGUUCAAUUUGGGCAUGAUUGCAAUAAUGACGUUGUACACAUUAGUCGGAGUAUUUGGAUACCUCAAGUAUGGUAAUGAUCUAAAAGCAUCAAUCACACUGAAUCUGCCUUCAGAUCAAAAGAAAGCACAAGUCGCUAAAGUUCUUUUUGGAAUUGCCAUCUUCCUAUCAUUUCCGCUGCAAAAUUUUGUGGCGUACGCCAUCACUUGGCGUAAACUUAAAAAGAAGAUUCCUCAGGGACAAGUCUACUGUGUUGACUAUAUAUUAAGGGUUGUCCUCGUUCUUCUGCCUUUUGCUGUAGCAGUUGCAGUACCACGACUUGGACCUUUCAUCUCUCUUUUUGGCGCUAUGUGCUUAUCUCUGCUGGCCAUCGUGUUCCCCGGACUGAUAGAUGUUUGCGUCUGGUAUCCCACAACUUACGGCCCUUGCAAAUACAAAUUGCUUCGGGAUAUUAUCAUCAUUCUAUUAGGAAUGUUUGCCCUGAUCUCUGGCUGCUACACAAGUAUAAUAGAAAUCAUACAAGCACAGGAAGAUUAAAGUACUGAGUUUAAACAACGUAUUAUGAAAUAUUUUAUAGACUGUUAUUUAUAAGGUUGUUAUAAAUAAAAGUCUAUAAAAUAUUAUUGUCCGCGGUUUCACACGAAUUAAAUUUAUAGCCGAUGAGUUAUUCUGAUGUAUGAGCUAUAUUAUUUUAAAGUAU